UGGUGUCUUCCAGCGUAGAACAGUCGGCCCAUGAUUAUGCAAAGGCCCGGUCUUAUUUAGCGAGAUUAAUCCCGUUUACAUAUACCGCAACCCCCCUCUGAUACGCAAACUACCCAAUUUUCCUUGCAGCCAAAUCUCAUUUUUGCCCUCAAAUUCAAAUCUAAUAUGCAAACCACCUGUGGCAUUCGUGUUUCAGUUUAGAAAUUUUCCCUCGAAGAACCCUUUUCUAUACGAAUUCAAAGGUGAAGGAAAUUGACUUCGAAUUUUCGUGUUUCAGUUCAGAAUUAGAAGCCCUCGAAUUACCCUUUUCUCUACGAAUUCAAAGCAGCCGUUGCUAUUCUCGCCGACGAAGAACUGUACUCAAGUUUUGGAAUUAAUUUCACGACGUAAUCGACAAGGUGGUACGUGCUUAACUCGUUUUUGUGAUUGGAACCUAAAGUUGAUUUGUAUUUGGGAAUUGAAUGCAAGUAAAUUGAUUGUGCUUGUUAGUUUGUUUUUGAAAAAAACUGAAUACAAUCUUCAUAAAAGUAAGCUCGUGUUGGAUGUUUUUUUGAAUUGAAAUUUACUAGUUCCAUUGUUGCAUUCACUCGUGUAACAAUCCCCACGAGAUGAAUAUAAUUUUCUUUACACAAUGAAAUUGAAUUCUGCACAAGAAAAUUCGGCAACCAGAACAGAAUUCCCAAACCAGUUUGGCCAUAUGAGUUUAAGCCCGAGAACUGUUCAAGCAAAAAAGGAUUUUGGCUGUUGAAAUAAGGUGAGUUUAGGCCGUUGAAAUCUUCUAUUCCAGUUUGGCUAUUUUGUACGUUUAGGUCCUUAAUCUGUUUGAUAAGGUCAGUUGGCUAUUCCAGUUUGGUGAUUGCUGAUAUGUUUGAUUGUUUAGCUAUGUUUAACACUUUGGUGUUUGCUGCUAAAUGCUUUUCGAGAUUGUGUUGUGUCUUUGCUGACAUAUAGUAUGUUUUAAUAUUAUGUUCUCUUGAAUUUGUUUUAACAUUUUAUUGUUAGCUUGUGACGUUGAUGAAAUUCGUGAUGAGUUUGCUAGUAAUCCAAAACUACUGCCAUAUAUUUUGUUGGAAUGGCUACAUUUCACACACGUUCUCAAUUGAAGAAACUAAAGAAUACAUAACAAGUAAUAGGCCUAUCAUUAACAUUAACAGUGACACAAAAAUAUGCAUAUCAUGGAUACUUGAAUCAUGAAUAUUGAAUACUGUCACUGCAUGCCUGCAACACUGGCAUCUAAGUAAGUAUAUAUUUUGUUUGGUAUUAAUUCAUUGCUUUCAAAUCUUGAUGUCGUCAUGAUUCCUGGAGUCUGCAGAGCAGGUCACACGCACAUAUGUCUUCUCUAGGGCUUGGCAUUGCUUGGAGCUCUUCUCUUCUUCAUUAUUCCUUCCUUGAUCAUGACUUAAUUCUCAAAUUGUAUAAUUCAAAUUGUGUGCUGGUUGUAAAUUUGCAAACUAUAGAUGAAAAUAGAUUUCCUUAUGCUCAUUUUAAUUUUCUUCUGUUGGUUUAUGUGGCUGAGGUUUAGCUUCUAGCAGGCCCCAUAUAAGGAUCGAUUUGAGUUAUGCGUGAUCCCAUACAGAAGUGGUGAAACUCUAUGCAGCUAAAAACAGACUAGUUUAUAAAAUAUAUUAUUCAUUCUGCCGAAGACCACAUAUUGCCACUCUUCCGCGAAAGAAUGAUGCUUUACGAUUUAUUAUAUUCGAAGAUAGUGCAAGCAAAACAUGAAACUAAAUGCAAUAUAUACGUUAGGCUUUAAGUAAACUACAAGAUAGAAGAAAAUUGCAAGUGUCCCCAAUGUCUUUCGUAAUCUGCCACACCUGCUCUCUUCUUCUAGCAGAUUUUAUUAAUGAAAUAGGCGAAUUAAUUAUAUUUAAGAUCUCUGUUAUCGUUGUUGGGAACUAAAUUUUUGAUCAAAAGGUAUUUUUGAUCUCUGUUAUCGUUGUUGGAGGUCAAAAUUACAGUCUUUUUUUAUUGUUUCUUAUGGUUUUUAAGCAUGUCUUUUUCUGAAAAGUGAAAUGCAUUUGAAGUUUUAUUUUUGUUUAAUUUUGUAUAUAUUUUUCAUCCUGUUUUAGCUUUGCUUGGGAGUUCUGUUUGCACUCAACUAUAUCUAGGUUAAUCUACAAGGAAUGCUUAAGUUCUAGUCGUGAAUUCUGUAUUCUCACAGAUUUUAUUUAUGAAAUAGUCGAAACUUAAAAAAAUAUAUAGGAUAUUUGUUAUCGUUGUUGAAAAUAUAUAUAUGAUACUUGAAUUGGGGCGAACUAUGUGCAUAUACUUCCCAAACGUUUCAAAGUUAUUGGGCAUAUGAACAUUUGAGCAGGGAUAUAUAUAGAGAGAGAUAUAUGCUGUCGAUCUUCAUCUGUGUUAUGCAUUUCUGUUUAGUUAAUAUUGUGAUUGAAUUCUAGAUUUGUUGCUUUGGGGGAAUGUAUUAAAUAUAAUUUUUGAAUUUCACUUUGCAUUGCAGAUUACCGAUAAUCUGCUCAAAUUUGACAUUAAAUGCCUGGUGGAGAAAGAGCACGUUUGAAUGAUAUUUGGUUCUUGUUACUGCAAUUAAUAAUGCGACUGCAUAUUCUUAAGAUGGCCUUUGUAAUUAUUUAUUUUUCUGAGUCUAGAUCAAGGAAAAGAAAACGUGCGAAUGGUGUAUUAAAAUAUGAAAUAGUAAGUAGAGUACCUGACCAAAUUAAGCAUUUACGCCGGAUGAUAGGUACCAAUGACAUAGAUUGCAUUGUCAAUUUGCGUAUGGACCGUAAUACAUUUGGGCGGUUGUGCCACAUAUUACGGGAACUAGGGGGUUUAGUUGAGGGUCGCUAUGUGAGUGUCGAAGAACAAGUAGCUAUGUUCUUGUCUGUCCUAGCACAUCAUAAAAAAAAUAGGGUUGUAAGAUUUGAUUUUUGGAGGUCUGGGCAGACCAUCUCGCAUUACGUACAUGCUGUAUUAGGGGCAAUUUUGAAGUUGCACCAAUUUUUUCUAUCUAAACCCAAGGUUGUUCCCGAUGACUGCACAGACCCGCGGUGGCAAUGGUUUAAGGGCUGUCUAGGGGCAUUAGACGGCACAUAUAUUAAUGUGACAGUGAGCAAUAAUGUGAAACCACGAUAUAGAACAAGGAAAUGGCAGAUUUCAACUAAUGUUUUAGGUGUAUGCGAUCGGGAUAUGAAGUUUGUUUACAUUCUAUCUGGUUGGGAAGGUUCUGCCGCGGAUUCUAGAAUACUAAGGGACGCCCUUAACAGACCCCACGGAUUUAAAGUUCCUAAGGGAAAUUAUUAUUUGUGUGACAAUGGUUACGCAAACAGUGAUGGUUUUCUAACGCCAUACAAAGGAGUUAGAUACCACCUGAAGGAGUGGGGUCCAACUGCUGCUAGGCCCCAAAACAAGGAAGAGUUGUUUAACUUGAGGCAUAGCAAGGCCCGGAAUGUGAUAGAGAGGGCGUUCGGAUUAAUGAAAAUGCGGUGGAGCAUUUUGCGUUCCACCACUUUUUAUCCAAUUAAAAUCCAGAAUCGAUUAAUAAUGGCUACAUUUUUAAUCAAUAAUUUUAUUCGCACGGAAAUGCCAAAUGAUCCUCUAGAGGCACAAUUUGAUGAGAUGGCAAACACUAAUGCUACUAACUUUCAAGUAGAGCCUGAGGAGUUCAUUGAUACCGUGGAGAAUUCUCCUCAAUGGAAUGCCUCAAGAGACGCAUUGGCUAACGAAAUGUGGAUGCGUUACGUGAAUGAACACUAGGGAAACGUUGGUGCUGCGCCACGCACAGUGGAGCACAUACACUUCUUCUCCAACACAAGUAAAGCGGCUCGAAGGAGGUUAUGAGGCGAGGCUGAAAAGAGAUUAGUUGCUAACCUUUUUGUUGUGCCACUCUCAAAGGAGAAGCUUAGGUUCUUCAGUAGGAGCUCUGUAUGUUUUCAAAGAGAGUGAAAAGUCAUCUGUAGCUUAUUAUUUUGUUAAUUUUUCCCCCCAAGUGACAGUGGGUAACCUAGUUUAUUUGCUAAAUUUCCUUCAUCAUUGAUACAAUUCAUAUGUAUUAUUCAACGGUAAUGAUCUUCUGGAUUCUGGUAUGCAGAUUUACUCCCUACUCA